GCCCCUCCGGCUCACGCGGCCGGAAAACGUAGCGAUUGGCUGGGAUGGAGCAGUCCGUCAUACACCCUUGUCCGAUUGGUUCGAUGAGCUCAGCGUGGGGCUGGGCUCACGGCGCCGGGCAGCAGCAUGGCUGACGGCGGCGUGUGGAGGCCUCCACGAACAUGUGAGGAUUAUUGGUCUGAAUGGAAACACUGUAAGGGCGUCCGUAAUUUAUUCCAUAACUAUUAUACAUAUGGGGAAGCGCCCUCCUGUGAACAGUGGAAAAUAGACUAUGGCAAUUGCAGAAAGUGGGAAAAAAGCAAAAGUCCAGAUGCUAAGGAAUCCCUAUGCAAGAGUGAAAGAGCCCGGAUUCUGGAAAAACAAAAGUAUGAUCCAGUGUGGAAGCUCAGGAAAAGCCCACCAAGGGACUGGUACCUUCCUCUUGGUCAAGAUAAACCAAAGUAAUAAGACUACCUACCAUAUUUGGCCCUCAUAUACCAGAUGUGAGAGCCAUGCUAUUUUUUUGCCAUGUGAUUCUGAAAUAAGACUGUAGCCUCUAAAGGAGAGAGACUUCUCAGCUUAUACUUCUGCUCACAGCAGCCACGCACCUCAUUAAUGCCUAUUUUGGGGUACAUUUAGUGGUGUUUAAGAAACAUCUUAUUGAGAUGUAAAUAUUUUAAAAGGAUAGUUCAGGUGCUCAGUUUGAUUCUUGUCUGCUACAGUCCUCUGCCUUUUUCAUUCCCUUUACCAUCCAUCCAGACAAGGACAAUGCCUGCUGCUUUGAAACAGCACACAUUCAUGUAGCCUGGCUGCUCUUGCUAGUAGAGCCGCCCCCCUUCCUUCACAUGGGCUAAGUCUGCUGCCAUUUUGGUAUGCCCAAGACCAGGCUGGCCAGGUGAGGAAUUAAAAAACUAAGAUAUCCCUCUCCAUUGGCAACAGAGAUUAGAGUAAUCAGGACAGCCCAAGCAGCUAGUAUUUGGAAAAAAAACAAAACCUAACCAGUUUGUACAGAUGCACUAUUGUCAUCCUUAAUAGUGUGCCAGGGGGCAGCAGACAGAAAAUAAAGUUGACCUAUGCCAGCUGUUUGCCCCUGCAAAAUUAUUCUCAAGCAGUUUUUGUUCUUAAAAUAUGUUUGUGAAAGCAUUAAAAGUUAUCACAAAAAUAAA